UUGUGUGGUCACACACCAGUAGUGAACUUUGCAGAAGGCAUGAAAAUCUCAUCUCUUCUAAUGGAAAAUAUCACCAUCUUUGCACAACAUUUAACAUCGGGGUCACAUUUAAACCACUGUACGUGGCCAAAUAUCAAAGUGCCCUUACACUUACAGUAUUUAUGUUUCUUGAGAAUGACUUUUCAGAUUGCUUUUGUUGCUGACUGGGAUACUGAAAAUGACUUUUAAGAUGGGCACCAUUUCGUAGGUGUGGUUUUCAGUUAGAGGGAUUGAGUGAUAUUACCUCAUCUGAUCCCAGAGCCUCCCUCCAGAUGACCACUGCACGGAUUCUACCCUGUUUCAUUAUUACCUGGGAUCCCAUCAUUUCAGUCUGGAUGCGGUUACCAUGGCAACCAUCUCCUCCUCCUGAUCCAGACACAGCCUCCUAAUGGGGGAGCAGGCGAGGUGCAGAAAACCUUUGCAGACCAAGUAUGGACCAGUCAAUGUGAUGCUGCAGUGACGGAUUGAGCUGACAGGUGUCCUCGCUGCAAAUCUUCUGUCCAGCAACUGGUGUGCUGCAGAAAGAUCAUGUAAAAACACAGCUGCUCGUCUUCACCUUGUACUGGAUACAACUUCAGGAUUCCAAGUUUCGUAUUUACACAAAAGACGUCAUGGCAUCCUUCAAUCCCUUUAAACACUUGAAGCCCCAGGAUCGAGAGGUCCGUUCCUCGGGUGAUCUCCAUGAGAUGUACAAGACGAUGGCUGCCAUGAUUGACCUGAGUCACCUGUCGGAGGAGGAGAAGGAGAAGAUCCUCCAGGUGUUGCAGCGAGACGAGGAUCUAAGGAAGGUCGAGGAGAGGAGGAUAACGAGAAGGAAAUCUGAGCUCGGCUCGGAGCUGGAGGAUGCAGACAGUAAACUGAAACAAGAGUUUCAGGAAGUGAAGAAGAAAAGCGCCGUCAAACCAGCAGAGGUUCAGAACAGCGAGAAAAACUGUUCGCGAUGCCAGACGGCCUUUGGUUUCUUCUUCGACACGGGGAACCCCUGCCCGCAGUGCCAACACAAGGUCUGCAACAGCUGCAGGGAGUUUACUACACCCAAGAAGGACAAAUGGCUCUGUGCACUAUGCAACAAGCAAAGAUUGCUGAAGAUCGAGACAGGGGAGUGGUUCUACGAGACCAUGGAUCCGAAGAGGAAGGACCAGCUGUUUGGUACGGACCUGAUCAGGGCUUCCCUGCGCCGACCCAGGGGCAGGGGACGAGGGAGACCCCAGCCAGUUGGAGACCAGAUCAGACCGGCUCUUACUGGUUCCAGGGAGAGAGUUCAGGAUGUUGGGAGGAGCCAAGGAAGGGGUCGUGACAGGACAGCACAGCAAUCCCCCAGGAGGGAUGGACACACCGACCCCCAGUCUCAAAACCACCUGGCUCCGGAAGAGAGUCAUGCAAACUUCUAUCGCAAGAUAGCAGAGAUCGACAAUGGACCGACGUUACCGUCUCGUAGCUCUGCUUCCCUCCCCAGGGACACCAUGAUGUCUCGCACUAGCCCUCGGGUGUCCAGCGACUCCGGGCGCUCGUCGCCACUUCUUGUUGGAAGCAAUAGAAACCCCUCAAAACCAGUUCCGCUAAACCGGCGCAUGCAACCGUCCAGAAAACAGAUGUCCCUGGACGACGAACUGCAUCUCGUCUGCGCAGAGGAGGAGAAGAAAACCAGCCGGUACCAUGAUGUUGCCUUCCCGAAAAAGUCAGACACAGAACUCCUGGAUGAGUUAGUGAGUGCUGGAGACUACAGUACUAGCGAGUCUCUGGUCAGGAGGUAUAGCUCUGACAGCACAGCUAGCUACUCUAGUGGACCAAGCUCCCCCCAGAUGUCAGUCAGAGCUUGGCUAAAUGCCCAAGAAGCCGGUCCAGUCCACACCACCACUGAUGUGCCCACCCCCACCACUGCCUCGGAGACAAACAGCCUACAGAACUUUGAAGACAUCCCGGACAACAGGCCCUCGAACUGGAACGGCAGCGCCAACAGGGAAGACCUCCCGUUGAAUGCUGGGAGAGGCGAGUACAUCGAUGACGGAAGGUCCAGCACCGGCCACGGUCCCACCCAACAUCACAAAGGAAUGGAAGGUGAUGGGGGAAGCUACAGGGACCCACAGCACUCAGGGACAGAGUCUUCCACGCCGUACAGGGUGAAGGCAGAGAAAGACCAGCGCAACCGCUACAGGGUUAAGUCGACGCACGAGCCGGACCAGUACGCCUCCCCGGCUAAGAAAACUGGCCGGGGAGCGGCUGUGGGUAAACACUACGGCAGGUACCCUAGUAGCACGAGUGGCUCUGACCUUGUCGAAGUGACUCCGCUCUCAAAAUCCCAGAUGGCUGACUCGCCACACUACUUUGCUGGAAACGGCCACCGCCGUUCAUUGGAAGAGAUGGCCCUGGCAUCCGAAUCUGAGGAGGAAGAUCCUUAUGCAGCAGAUAUUCCAUCGCCACAGAAAGGUCCUGUCAAAAAACUGCUGCACGUUGAUGCAGACAUAAUGUCAGAAUCUGAAGUAGACGAUCCGUACGCAGCAGAGAGCCCAAACCCCAUCACUCCGAGAGACAAGGGUAUUUCCCUCGACACGAGUGCUUGGUCUGAUACACCAGAGGCCUUGUCUCCUGAGAGCACGUACAUGAGUCGAUCCUUCCAGUCUGAAACCGAGAGUAACGCCAGCAGGCGCAGCAGAACACCGAAAGGUGCUCGUAAGCAAGUAUUUCGCCGACUGAUGUCAAGAACGCCGUCUGGCAGGCUAAAAGACAGCCCUGCUCUGCUAGAAGCUUACACCAAACUCACUCAGUCUCAGGGUCGCUGUAAGUCUUUUAGUGGCUUGUCUGACUGGUCCUUUGACUCCUACCCUGCUUCAGAGGUGGGGGCAGCUUCUGAACCUGGAGGCCGUUUUUAUCAUUCUUCUCGUUCUACCCUGACUUCGUCCCGUGAAGCUGUCCGUCAAUCCCGCACUCGCUCCUUGGACCGUGCGCAAGCUAUGAGGCACGGAGUUUCCCCUCCCAUCUCCCCUACUAACACUCGCCAGUACAGAACAGCGUCCGAGGAAGAGCUGGGCCGCCCGACUCUAUACGCAGAUGAGCCGGACAGAAGAGCAAUCAACGCCACGCUGCCCCAGGGUACCCGUGCAGAGGUGGACGUGCAUCAUCACAAUGAGGACAGAGCGAGCAGGGCACGCGGGACCCCGCCUGCCAAGAAUAGGUCCGUCCCUACUGUCGCUGUGGAGGACAGCAAGGAGAUCACCCGGUAUCCGUCAUCUCGCAACCUUGAGGAGUUUGAGGAUGAGGACAUUGAUGCGUACGUCAGACAGUAUGGCAGUGGGAGUGAGAAGAGUGCCAGCGGCAGUCAGAGAGGCAGUUCUCUGGGUGCCUCCAUGUCUGGAAGCAGAGAGAGUAUCAUGAGCUAUUACAGUGACGCAGGAGAUGGUUACUAUGGUAACAUUGACAUCACCGGAGACAUCCUAUUAUCACUGGACUACAACUUCAAGAACAUGGUGCUGGCUGUCAACAUUAAGAAGUGCCGGGAUUUGGCUGUCGCUGAUGACAAGAAAAAGAAAUCUGACCCCUAUGUGAAGACAUAUCUGCUGCCUGACAAGACCAAGAGUGGCAAGAGGAAAACCAAAGUCAGGAAGCACACCAUCAAACCCACUUAUGAUGAGGUUCUAAAGUAUUCCAUCAGUCCCAGUGAGCUGGAGACUCGGACGCUGUGGGCGUCGGUGUGGCACAACGACAUGUUCGGGCGGAACACGUUCCUGGGAGAGGUCCACCUGCCGCUGGACAACUGGGACUGGGACGACCGGCAGGCGCGCUGGUACCAGCUGCAGCAACCUGUAGUACCGGCUGGUCCGAAGUCCACCUUCCAGCAGUACAAGGGAGACCUGGUCAUCUCCAUGAAGUACGUCCCGUCCUACAAACUGCUCGGAGGGGGUAGCGACACCUCCCGGAAGGGCAGGCGGAAGGGCAGUCCUGACCGAUCGUCAGGGGAGGCAGGGAUGGGAGAGCUGCACGUCUUUGUCAAGGAGGCUCGCAAUCUGAUGGCAGUGCGCGCAAAUGGGUCGUCUGAUCCAUUUGUUAAGGGCUACUUGCUGCCAGACAAGAGCAAACAGAGUAAGCAGAAGACGCCGUACAUCAAGCGGAACUGCAACCCGACGUGGAACCACACGUUUGUGUACAAGGCUGUGAACCCAGAGGAGCUGGAGCAGCGGUGUCUGGAGCUGACUGUCUGGGACUACGACAGGAUGACGAGUAACGACUUCCUGGGAGGAGUCAGACUCAGUCUGGGAAGAGUCCAUGCCAAGACUCUGGUCAAUUUGAAUACUAGUUUGGAAGGUAACCGGCUGGGACAGCCUAUUGAGUGGAUGGACUCCCAGGGUGAGGAGAUCACAGCGUGGCGCACCAUGCUGAACAAACCCAACGUCUGGGUGGACAGUUGUCUCCUCUUACGUCCCAGCAUGGACUACAGGGUCCGACCAUCCACCCCGGCACCUUCAACAACCAGCUAACCAACCUCAGUAAUCGGAUAGACAACCUCCACAGCCGGGUAGCCAACCUACACAGCUACACACCAUCAACAACCAGCUAACCAACCUCAGCAACGGAUAGACAUCCUCAACAGCCGGGUAGCCAGCAUCCAUAGCUACACACCAUCAACAACCAGCUAGACAACCUCAGUAACUGGAUAGACAUCCUCAACAGCCGGGUAGCCAGCAUCCAUAGCUACACACCAUCAACAACCAGCUAGACAACCUCAGUAACUGGAUAGACAUCCUCAACAGCCGGGUAGCCGAGUAGCCAACAUCCACCUUCUAGGACCUGUUACAUACAUGUACCUUUAAGAGCCAGUGAAACACCUCAAUGACCAGCUGUCCAACCUCAACAACCAGAUAGUUUCCCUUCAGAAUUAUCUAGACAACCUCAACAGCCAGAUAUAGCUAGAUACGCAUGCUAGCUAUAGGACAAAAAAGGUUUUGAUAUGAAAGGCGCCAAACAUAUCACAGAGCAAUCUCAUGAGUCCAUCUCUUGCCCCUUUUCAGAUUUGAUGCUACAAAACAACUUCUCAACAACUUAUUGAUGAGUAAUUACCAAAUUUAUUCUAGUGAAUACAUUUUAUCUUUCUUCAACACAGAUCUUCUCUUUGUUGGAGGGCAAUGGUCUAUAGGAGACCUGGUUAGGCAGUAGCAGGCUGGACUUAUACUGUGAUAUCAUCAUCUUGUAGUUUGGAAACAUAUUAGGCCCUUUAUAAUUUCUUGAACCACAUAAGGGUCCUAACUGGUCAAUUGGCUGGAAAGCUGCACUGAGGUAUGCAAAACAUUUUUCACAGUUUGUAAGAAGUAGUUGAGGUUUGGUAAAAGAGAUAACAAGUAUUAAUCUGUAGUGGUAAAGCCUUGUACAUUUAUAUCCUGUUACUAUAGCAAUGAGUCAAUCUUACGACAGUGAUUAUGCAGUUCACGAUUCUGAAAUUUCUACCAAAUUUGCCAAAUAAGCUGCCAAAUAUCCACUUCUUCCAGCUGAAGAUAUCUGCUUAUUGUUGUGAUUGGUGUUGUUUCAACUAAGACUUGAAAAAUAUGUUAUUGUUGUUGUUGUUUUUUGUAUAAAGUUGUCUGAUUGAAUGUUCAAAUCAUUGGCAUGAUCACCUUUGUCCAGUAGGACUAUCAAUUAAUCAAUGGUUGAAAUAGCAAGGAGGAAUACUAGAGCCCCCUAACUGCAGUUACAAGCACUGCAGUCAAAAGGCCUGCUUGUCUUGCCUGCAUCCUAAAUGAAUGUAUUUUGCUUCAGAGUUUAUUUCCAAAUCUACUAAUCUGUACUGACAUGCUUGAUUCUGAAAGCUUGCCUUUACUUUUCGUCUUCCCAAUGCUGCUGUACAGAUAUUUAACUGGUAAUAUAGUUGUGUUGAUAAAUUGUGGAGAUAGGUCUGUGACUUUCUGUUAUGCUAAAAUAGAUUAUGUUUAUAUCAUUUGGACAGUGCAGUAGAAAAUAUUGUAAGGUUUUGCCGCAUGCUUUUCUUAUAAACCAGCCUCAUACAAUUCACACCAUCGUCUUACUAAAGCAUACAAAUGUAUGUACCCUAGGAAACAUUGGUUUACAUGAUGUACAUUUGUCACAGGCCAAUCAUGGACCAGUUUUUCUAUGAAACCUGAGUGUCAGACCAUUUUACUGUUGAAGCCUCCUUCAGUGUAAAACACUGUAAGUGCAAGCAAUAACAAUGACAAAAGACUGAAAUGUUUGCUAAGGUCUAUCUUUGUUGUGGUUAGAUGUUUUACACGUUUCCAGAGCUUCUUGCCAGAUAACAACUGUUAGCAGAGUAGUCACAAAGGGAACUGCAUGGCAGAGAAUGAUCUGCUUCUUUGAAGUGGAAAAAACAAUCUACUGAAAAACAACAGACAUGUACAGGCAUAAGAUUGGGUUCAACAGUUCUGUCCCAACAAAUCCUUUUGGACAUUGUGUAAAGAGCCAGUGAGAAGGUGGCCAUGCAGACCAUUUUGUACAUUUUGUAGAUAUGACAGACAGUGUAAAACUCAUGGGAAA